AUGCCUUCACAACAAUAUAAUACACAUAACUUGCCUGCCGGAGUCAUCAGAAAAUCUCAUAGAGAAGUUAGAUUUGGUGCUUACAUUUUAGGCUCCACUUUAGGUGAGGGUGAAUUCGGUAAAGUCAAGUUAGGUUGGAGAAAAGACGGAAAGCAGCCUUUGCAAGUGGCAAUCAAAUUGAUUAAAAGAGAAUCUAUUCCUAGAGGUUCUGAAAGAGAGUCUAAAGUCCACAGAGAAAUCAAUGCCCUUAAGAAAUUAUCGCAUCCAAACAUUGUUCGUUUAGAAGAAGUUUUGCAAAAUGAUAAAUAUGUUGGCAUUGUACUUGACUAUGCUUCUGGUGGUGAGCUAUUCGAUUAUAUUUUCAACAAUAAGCAUUUGAAAGAUUCCAUUGCCUCCAAAUUAUUUUCCCAGUUAGUGAGUGGUGUUGACUACAUGCAUUCAAAAAAUAUCGUUCACAGAGAUUUGAAACUCGAAAAUUUGUUGUUAGAUAAAAAUAAUAACAUCAUCAUUACCGAUUUCGGUUUCGUCAAUAGCUUUACACCAGGAAAUGAACUUAUGAAAACUUCUUGUGGCUCUCCUUGUUAUGCUGCUCCAGAAUUGGUGUUGAAAAAUGAACCAUAUGAGGCGAGAAAAGUCGACGUCUGGUCUUGUGGCGUUAUUUUGUACGCUAUGUUAGCCGGUUAUUUGCCAUUUGAUGACGAUCCAGAUAAUCCUGAAGGUAGCAAUAUCUCCAAGUUGUACAACUAUAUUAGCACAACAGAAUUGACUUUCCCAGAAUAUGUGCAACCAUUACCUAGAAAUUUGCUUAGAAAUAUUUUGGUCCCGGAACCAAAAUACAGAUACAAUUUACAACAAAUUAGACAGCAUUCCUGGUUAGCCCCAUAUGCUCUUUAUUUAUCCGUCACUCCAGAAGAGUGGGAUAGAAAUGCAAAACUUAAUAGACAUCAACAACUUGUGUCGCAACAACAAAAGGAGCUCUACUUGAAGCAACAAAAGCAGCAACAACGCUCUUCAAGUGGAGGAGCUAAUGGCAGAGCAUCAAACACUACUCGUUCAUCUAAUGGUAGUGCAGCGAAUGUUAGAGCGAGACAGAUAAAUCCAAGAGCCAAUAAUCGAUACUCCAUGGUUGAACCAACUACAUCAUCUUUUGCCAUUGCAAGUAAUAAUGCUGGUAUGAAUAUCCCACCAUCAUUACCUCUGGCUGCAUCUAGGGGUCCUCCAAGAUCAUACUCUUCCCACGAAGUUUCACAACCUACUGCAUCAUAUUCACCUCCUAAUUCUAAUGGUUCAGCGACAUUGGUCAAUAUGCCGCCUUCAAAAUCUUCCGCCUCAAUUAAAUCUUUAGGGGAGAAUGCCGUGGCCAAUAGCGAUACCUUAAUCCAAGGAACUAAUUCGUCACUGUCAAGCGCUAAAAACAAAACUGCCCAAGGUGUUUUGCUAGAUAUGGUAAAUGCUGAUAGAAGGAACAGUAUCUACUCUGUUAGUGAAUCUAGUGAAGUGCCACUUGAAAAGUAUAAGCCAAUUCCAAGCUCUUCUAACAAGACCCAAGGCUCUUCAGUUAGAAAGAAUAAAUUUAGCCAGAAGAUGUUUGACAAAGAUCCUCAUUCUAAGCCAAGACCUUCAUCUUAUCAUCCAGGCUUGAUGUUACCAGAUGGGCCAUUGAAUUUGGACUUUAGCUAUUUGAACCCAAAGAGCACCGAAAAUGUUGCUGCAAAGGCUUGCGGCCCUUCAAUAUCACCAAUUAAUUCUAUUAAUGAAAAUGAAGAAAGUUCCAAGAAAACCUAUAAUGGUACUGAGUCACCAUCUAAAAUAUUGGAAGAAGAUCAACCAACUGAAGAAGUUAAGCCUCCAACUCCAGUCAAAGAAUCACCAGAAGAAACUUUUAACAAUUCAACUCCAACCAAAGCCAACGCGAAUGCUCCUACGUUUGCUUCACACUCAGUGUUUGAAAACAUUUUCGGCAACAAGAGUAAACCAGCCGCACCUUCAUUUGCUAGAAAUCAAAAUGUUGCCAGUAGUCCAAAGAGUAAUAUUAGUAGUGGCUCAUAUGCCCCUAAAGAAACAAAGUCGUCCUAUGGUGGUGCUUCGCCUCUUGCAUCAAAAUCUUCGCCUGUUAAAGAUUACGACUUGAUAACUAACGGUGCGCCUCCUUCUCCUGAAAGUCUUGGUGACAAGAAAACUAAAAGAAAUAGCAAAUACGGUGCAUUGGGCUUACUUGGCGAAAGUUCCAAUAAACUUAAUAUUCCAAGAUCACAAUCCACUAGACUUAAGUCUUCCGGAUCCACUUAUACUACUGCCAGCAUCAAGAGCGAGAAGAAGAGAUUCAGCAUAUUCGGCUCAUUUACUGGCUUUGGUAACGUUUAUGAUGCGCCAUACAAUGAUACCGAAGAUAAGGUUUCCAAUAGUAUCUACCACAAGCAAUCAAAGAGUGUUUCAUUUGGCAGAAGAUCCUCUAUGAUGGGUAGUUCUAGAAAUAGAAGUUCAAGUAACGUUGUUUUCCCAACUGCGGAAAGACAUCAAAAUGAAAGCAUCCACACAGGUUCCAGCACAUCAUCCCCAACAAAGCAAAGAGUUAAAAGUGUUAUUGUUGCAUCUAAUAGAAAGGUUAGUGAGAAUACUAGCACCACAAAGAAAGUCUUAGAUUUCUUUAGAAGAAGAAGUGUUGUGAAAGCAAGCUCAUGA